UAUUGAGUUUGUCGGUAAAACUCAUUGGCUUCUGGGAUUCGACGGUUUCGACUCAAAAUUGAAAAAAAAAAGCACCUAGCGCCUGGUCACGGUUGGGAGACACGCAGCAUCAGAUCUUAUUUUCGUUACCAUCUCAGCCGCCAGCCGCCGCCACCGUCUACGGAUACUUCUACGCGAGCACUUGGAUUUCGCUUUGAUUUCGAUCGUAGCCGCACUUAGCCCGACCCGGACAUUGAGUUACUGAGUUGCAGCGCCGCCCCCCGCCCUCCAAACCACCCCUGAAGCCAGACAAAAUGGCGUUCCUGCUGACGGAUAUAUACGACUGGUACAGAGAUCUAAUGGACAAUCGAAGUGAUCCCCGGGUCGCAGACUGGCCGAUGAUGUCCUCACCCCUGCCAACGCUCGGACUGUGCAUAUUCUACGCGUACUUUAGCAAAUCCCUCGCACCAAAGAUCAUGGAAAACCGGAAACCCCUGGAUCUGAGGAAUUUUCUCGUCAUUUACAACCUUUUCCAGACUGUCUUCAGCACCUGGAUAUUUUAUGAGUAUUUACAAAGUGGUUGGUGGGGCCACUACAGCUUCCGGUGUCAACCGGUAGACUACUCCGACAAUCCCCUUGCCUUACGGAUGGCGCGAACGUGCUGGUGGUACUACAUCUCCAAGUUCACCGAAUUCUUCGACACGCUAUUUUUCCUGCUCCGGAAGAAGAACCAGCACGUGUCGACCCUGCACGUGAUCCAUCACGGGUGCAUGCCGUUCUCGGUGUGGAUGGGCAUGAAGUUUGCCCCGGGUGGCCACAGUACAUUUUUCGCCAUGCUGAACUCGUUUGUACAUAUUGUUAUGUAUUUCUACUACAUGGUAGCUGCCCUAGGACCCAAAUACCAGAAGUACAUCUGGUGGAAGAAGUACCUGACCGCCUUCCAGAUGAUCCAAUUCGUGGCCAUCUUCACGCACCAGUUCCAGCUGCUGUUCACCGAGUGCAACUACCCGAAGGGCUUCAUGGUGUGGAUCGGUCUGCACGGGGUCAUGUUUCUGUUCCUGUUUUCGGACUUCUACAAACAAGCCUACAGCAAGCGGAAAUCGGCGGCGGCUGCAGCGGCCGCGGCCAAGCGAAAUGCCGAAAAUGGCAAAUAUGACGCGCUGCCCAGCAACAAAAAUGGCAGCCUGACGACGACGACGACCAAUGGCGGCAGCAAUGGCUAUCACUACCAAAACGGUAGCAACGGCAAGCUGACCAAUGGCGAUCUGGCCAACAACAACCAGGGCGCGUGCAUGCCGGUCAUGGACGACGAGGAGGCCGCGGGUAAGGCGGGGCAACUGCAUCAGCGCAAAGUCAACGGACUGCACUCGAAUGGUGGAACCGACCCGCUGCUGCUGCUGGCCGGAAAUGGCAAAUCGUACAGCAAUGGUGGUAGCGCCCACAACAACAACACCAUCAACAGCUCGAACGGAUUCGUCGAUGCCAUCCGCCGGGAGGAAAUGGCCGACCGGGCCGCCAACAACUCGAUGGAAGCCACCCGACGGAAGAUCCAGUAAAUUCAGCACGAUUUCUACGAGGCGAAGAAGAACAAAACAAAAACAAUCUGCCCCUCGCCCGGCCCGUUCUCUUGAGACAAUGGGACGCAGCUCGAAUGUUUGGAUGGUUUCCCGAAGCUCUGUUAGCUGUUACUGUAGUAGUCGGAUGGUUUUUCUCCAGAUUCGGGUUGUGUCCGUGCGUUUGAGACCAUCCUCGAGAGUGAUGAAUAGGGAGGGUUGUUGGGAGGGGGGUCCCCUUCGGUUGGUUGGUGUUAGAUAGGGUUCUAUAUUCUUUAGGAUGUGUAUGUAUAAUUUAGUUGUUAGGCUAACUAAAGCGCAAAACCAGAGAGCAUGCUAGGCAAUUUGAAACGAAGAGUGUUAACUCGCCAGCUUGAUUAAGAAGAACAAAGUGGAAACAAAGUGUGUAAAGAGAACAAAGAAACGAGGCAACUAGAGAAAAGGAUAAGAAAGUUUGAAGAUAGUUGAGAGGUCAAGACGAUUAUCGAAAAGUUAUUACCCGGAAAAAAGUGUCUAACUGUAGCUUAAUAUAGUGUGUAGGUACUGAGAACUGCGAAUGUGAUCAUAGAGAGAUUUUUUAAGUUGUAUCUAUGAAUGAUUGCGAGAGGAGACAAACGAGCGAAAUAUUUGAACGUUCGAGCGAAUGAAAGAUCUUAGCAUAAGUUUGAUUAGAGAAGAGAAAUGGAAACAAAACAACUACUAACGCAAGAUGAAAUUUGCUUUUUCUAAAUAAAAAAAAAACAAAAAAGUUUCCACUGAAACAAAAAGAAAGCAAACGAUUGUUUUAGAAACAAUCGGCAAAUGAAUCUGGUUUAAUAUUUUUUAAUUGAAAAAAAAGCAAAAAGUUUGAAUCUGUUGUAGCGAAACUUAAAAAAUGGGUACGGAAAAUGAAGUAUUUUACCAACGGAAAACAACAA